AUGGAAUUAGAACUUCAACAGCCAUCUGUUGUUCAUAUUAUAGAGGAUAAUUCAGAAAGUCUGGAUUGGAAUGCAGUAAUCCAGAAAGUAGAAGUGUACCGUAAACAAAUAAAAGAGUCAAAAUCUGCUCUCAAUCCCCUUUAUUAUUAUCUGAUUGAUCACUCUGGAUUUCAUAGCCCAACUUCAAAUUUAUUAUCUAACACUUUUCCUCAAAUGCUAUGUGCACCUCCAAAAAUGCGUUUUUGUGUUUCAGAACUAACUGAAUCAGAGACAGAAUUCAUUGACAAACUUUUAAAGUCUGAAGAUGUUGAUGACAUACCAACAAAUCUUAGUUUGACUCCAGUUAUUAGCUGUUUAGAAGUUUCUGGUGGUCUUACACAUUUUUCACGAUCUAAAGAGUGGGGAGAUACUCUUAAACUUGGAUUAGAGCUCUGGGACUUAUGGGUGAUUGCAGGAGAUCAUUUGACAGGUGUAGAUAUAAACAAAUUGGUAUUGUGGGGUCUGAUAGUGGUUGACCUAUAUAAUUUGGAACUUGCAUAUCUUGUAUUAAAGGAAUACAAAAAGAAGUUAGAUGAAACGAAAAAUAUGCUUAUUGAACUCAGUAAGAAGAGAAAUUUAGAGAAACCAAUGGGAGAUAAAUUAAUAAAGAAACCAAAAAUUAUAAGUACAUCUGAGAAAGCACAAAAUAAGCAAACAUUUUUUCCUUAUCAAAAAUAA